CUGUUGUCGAUUAGUUUAUUUACUCACAGCGUUUAACCUCCUCCAACACCUUUUGGCCGGAUCUCUUUAAGAACUUAUUUUAAUUCAAGUCGGUCUUUUUCAUUUUAAUUGUAUUUUAUUCGCUUCUUUCUUUUUACUUUAUUCGUGAGCAAUUUAUUUCCAUUAUUCGCCAAGGGUAAUAUAAUUAUUUACUUUUAUAUACUUUGAACGCGGUUUUCUUUGAACAUUAAUCUUAUAUUGUAAUCUGUCGCGUUUUAUUUCCUAAUUCUUUCGGUAAUAUAUUUGGAUUUCCUUUUCAUGGAAGCAUAGAUUAUCUUGGACUUUACUUAAUUUGAAUAGUUAUCUCUUACGCAUGUUCUUGUUGGUGGAAAAAUAGCUUUUUGCGUUUCUAAAAUUUCAUAAAAAGUUUAAUACUCUCACUUUCUCUCUCUUUACUCAAGGAAUAACUCUCGUUUGGUUCUAACCUCUUCUCUUCUAAUCUUCCUUUCUUUCUACCCUCAAUUUCCCCAUACCCAGUUAGUUUCAUCAUGAUCCGUGGUCUUCUCGCUUUUCUAACAAUUCUCUUUCUUUUAAUAUCUACUGCUUUAUUAAUUAUCGGCAGUGUUUCUAUCCCUGCUACCUUUAAACUCACAUCCAAGAUGAUGCUGGCAAAGUUGAACGGUAAUCUUCUGGGUAUUUUUGGUACUUGCUCAGACAAUGGUCAAAAUUGUUCGAAAACAAGUUUUGGCUACUCCAUCGAUGAUUCUUUGGUUCAAGAAUUUUAUUAUAAAGGAGACAAGCGCUAUAUCCUUUCCAAGGUACUGAUUACCCAUAUCAUUGGCUGUGGUAUGUCUUUUCUCAGCGCGUGCCUCGUCUUUCUUUCGUUUUUUGUCGUAAAACAGUCUUUGAAUAUCUUCAAUAUUCUGUUUGUUUCUCUCACUACCUUAGUUACUUGCUGUGCAUUGGGUGUCGAGCUUGCUUUGUUUUUGCCUCACAAUACUUGGCAAUCUUAUGUUGUUGCCGGCGCAGUUGGAAGCGACUUACUUGCAUUGUUGAAUCUUUGCUUCCGUAGCUCUUCCAUUUCUCGUAUGCAUACACACAAGAACAAAGAAAAAGCUGUUCAGUCUAAUGCGACCAUGGAUAGCUUAUCAGCUUACAAAGAAAAGGAUAAUUAUCCCCUUACUAUGGAUGACAAGCUUACUAACGUUUCGGCUACACUUCCAAAAUUUAAUGAUGCUUUGACAUCAGCUUCCGAUUUGGGGCCUCCUUCUGAACGUGGAGACUCUUCAUUUAAGAAAGGCACAUCUGCGAGCGUCCAAGAAAAUAGCCUCUCUUUAAUUACUCCCACUGGCACUAACUCUGGUUACUCAGGAUCUCGUGAUAAUCUUAUGAAGAUUCCUAGUUACAACGAUAAUCCUUAUGCAAAGUCUUCUGCCUCUAAUCUCAGCAAUAAUGUCACAGGAUCUUAUACCCAAGAGCAAGAUUACAGGGAAUAUUCUCCUCAUAAGACCGGUAGAGUACCCGGAUUUCCUCUUUUGAACACGAAUAAGCAAGGCAAUUAUCCUCUUCUGAGUUCAGAUCCAUUUUCGAAAUCUGACUCUAGCCCUACCAGCAGUGAUGAUACCUAUUCUUCGUUCUUUGAUGUUAAUCCGGAUUUGAGAUUAGCUGAACCCAGAGGUACUCAAGGACAGCCAUCUUCACCCGUUAACGAACAUCCUCUUUCUGAGAAAGCUACUCGACCAUUUGCCCCUCGGUCCAAUAAUAUUCCAAGUCGUGCUUUAGAUGCCAAGAAUACCAAACUUCCGAUGAAAGCGACUCGACAAACUCAAGUUCCCGAUGUUCCGAUUGAGAAACAGCAUUCUCGUCCUGGAAGCGUAAAUGGUUGGAAACCCCCAAUCCCCGGAAAUGUAACGAAACCUAUAAAGAACUUAUCCAGAGAAAACCUAAACAUGAGUUUGUCUUCUGAACCCAGUGUACCAAAUGCUCAGCGUCACAGAAAACCUGCAUCAUUGAAUGGUUCGUUCAAUGACUCGUCUAGCAUUCCUCCUCCUAGUGCUAUGGGUGUACCUCGUCCAUUUAAUAAGCGACCUGCUGAGAAGCCUGCUAGGAAUACAAUGGAGAGAUCUAGAAAUCAUUCUCAAGCCAGUCUUGCGUCUGCAUUUUCUGGUCCGUCAAUCCAUCCAACUAUGAGUAAAGCAGAGAUUCGCAAUCCUGCUAAUCUAGCACCCGUUUCGAGUACAUUGGAUCAGUUAGCUGGCAAUGCCGAUUUUGAACUUCCCCUUCGAGGUGGACGUAACAAUAAGCGCAGUGAUGGUGUCAGCCGUAUGAUUCGUUAAAUAAUGUAUGAAUUUCGAAUUCUAACCCUUCUCAAAAUCCUUUGAAAAUAUUUCAAAAGAUAUAGCUGUUUCAAAUAGAAGCUUUCUAUUUGAUGUUUCUAUUUCUUUUUUGUGAUACUUCUUCACAAUCGUCACUGGUCGUCAGGAACGACUGGUUCUCUUUAUGUGUAAUUUAAUUUACUAGAUACUUAUAUAGAUCAUCAAAGGAUAUACCCGUUCUUUGC